AUGCUACAGAUGAUUCCCGUCCUCGCGUCCCGAAAAGCAUUGCCAAUCUGGGCCUACCGAUAGCAUAUCCUCUCUCUCAUCCGGGACAACCCCGUGACAAUUCUAGUCGGAUAGACCGGCAGUGGAAAGACCACGCAGCUGCCACAGUUCGCAUUCUAGGCAGGAUACGCAACGACGGUGAUCGCCUGCACCCAGCCGAGGAGGGUGGCCGCUAUCAGUGUGGCUACUCGAGUGGCACAGUAGAUGGGCUGUUAGCUCGGGCAGGAGGUCGGGUACUCUAUCCGGUUUGAAGACAAGACAAGCGAGUCCACGGUCAUAAAGUAUAUGACAGACGGGAUGCUUAUAAAAGAACUGUCCCGCAACCCGAUGCUCUCGAACUUCUCACUGCUUAUAGUGGAUGAGGCCCAUGAAAGGUCACUGCAUACUGACAUCCUCCUCACUUUGCUCAAAGAUCUGCUCAAAGCCAACCACAAUUUAAAACUUGUUAUUUCAAGCGCGACUUUGCAGGCUGAUAAAUUUUCUGCUUUUUAAGGCGCGCCUUUGAUUAACGUGCCAGGACGGAGGUUCGAAGUAGACAUAUAUUACGCUCCUUGCUCCGGAGCGGACUACCUCGAGGCAGCGAUCAUCACAAUCAUGCAAAUCCAUGUGACUCAGUAGCCCCGGCGACAUCCUCUGUUCUUGACAGGCCAGGAGGAAAUCUAAACUUGUCUAGAGACGCUUACAGCAAGAGUCAAGAGUCUCGGAACAGGCGUGCUGGGAAUGCUGGUCCUGCCGAUCUACUCUGCCCUGCCUGUCGAACUACGAAAAAAGAUAUUCCAGCCGACCCCCCGCAACGCCAGGAAGGUCGUGCUUGCCACCAACAUCGCUGAGACAAGUAUAACAAUCGAUGGUAUAGUGUUCGUAGUGGACUGCGGGUUGGUCAAGCAAAACACAUAUAACCCAAAGACCGCAGAAUCUCUCGUGGCCACCCCAAUCUCCAAAGCCUCUGCUAACCAGAGAGCAGGCCGGGCUGGCCGUGUCAGUGCUGGGAAAUGCUUCCGGCUGUACACCACAUUUCACAUACCAGCAUGAGCUCUAGGUAGCACUGUUCCCGAAAUUAAAAGGACCAACCUGUCCAGCGUGGUACUGCUUUUAAAAAGUUUGGUGGACAACCUCGUAGAAUUUGAUUCAUGGACCCUUCCCAACCACCAGCUGCUGGUCAAGGCACUUGAACAGCUUUAUCAACGCGCGCUUAAUGAAAAAGGGGAACUGACUGCCCUCGGGCGCAAUAUGAGCGAAUUUCCAGUCGACCCCCUCCUGGCGAAGUUAUUCUGUCGGGAUAACAGCAUCGAUGUGUGCAACAGGCGCUAG